ACGAUAGAUACCUCUCUGGUAGCAAUUUAAAUUGGACCAAAAGUAAUAGGGGUCACGAGAUACAAAGCGGUGAUUGGUACAUUCAGUGGUCAGAUUAUUUAUAAAACCGGUUGAGUUAACGAAGGAAGUUGUUAGUUACCGUCUGACUUUCGCCGAGUGAACAAAUUAACAAAGCUAAAAUAAUGGCACCGAAGUUGUAUUACAGCGAAGUAAGUGCGCCGGUUCGUUCCGUAUUGUUGACCGCCAAAGCAAUUGGAUUAGAAUUGGAUAUGCACCCUGUCAAUCUUAUGACAGGGGAACAUUUGUCACCCGAGUUUCUGAAGAUGAAUCCACAACAUACCGUCCCGACCCUGAACGAUAACGGAUAUUGCCUUUGGGAUAGUCACGCCAUCAAUAUUUAUCUUGCAAGCAAGUACGCAAAGGACGAUUCGUUCUAUCCCAAGGAUCUGCAAAAGAAAGGCACAGUCGAUCAGCGAUUGUUUUUCAAUGCUUCAAUGGUGCAAACUAGGAUGGGGGCAAUUGUGAGACCAAUAAUUCGCCAAGGCGCAACUUCGAUUCCCCAAGACAAAUGCGACGAUGUUCGCGAUACCUACGAUUUUCUGGAAUCAUUUUUGGAAGGCCACGACUACGUUGCUGGCGACUCGCUCACAAUUGCCGAUUUUGCGAUUGUUUCAGGAGUCUCUUCCAUCGCACCUUUCGUACCGAUCGCGCAAAAUAAAAACCCUCGCCUUUCCGCUUGGUUUAACAGAAUGCAGCAGCUUCCAUACUAUGUGGAAGCCAAUCAAAUUGGAUGCGAUAAACUUGUUGGUUUUAUCCAAAGCAAACUUGCCUAAAUAUAUCUUAAGUUAAUAUUAGUACAGAUCGUUAUUUAAAUAUAUACCUAUACCAUUUGUCAGCGUAAAUAAGCUAUUAAGUAUUUGGGUUGUCAUUGAUAAGAUCAGUAAAUAUACCUACAGAACUUUU